GCAGAGUUUUAGAUAGUUAAUUAUAAAGUGUCAUUAACCUAACAGGGCUGGAAGCCUCUUCCUCGAACCUGGGGGCUGAGAAGUCAAGGGCCUUUCAGCUAUUUCUUUCUGGCCCAGAACAAGAGAGGGUGUAACUAUGUGUUCCGAUCCCCAAGCACCUGAUUCCCAAGCCUGUGUGCAGGAGAGGAUUGGGCGGGAAUGGUGUGGGAUAGCCAUAGAGAUUCCUUCAACGGAAGAGCUGAUGCUCAUCCAAGACACCAUCAGCCAAGAGUAACUUGGUGAGCCCGGGUGCAAGUGGCUACCCACGCUGUUCAGAGGAGCCCAGAGUACCUGCCCCAACUCUACUUAGGGGUCUUCUGGAAUUUGUGUGUACCUACAGAUAGUUCCUAGUCUCAUCUUCUCACCACACAUGGGAGGUGAAAGAAGGGCUUGCAGUUCAGUGUGUAUCACCUUACUAUAUAGCAGAGGUUAUGCCGUCAGCCUAGUUAUCAUACCAUUCCCAUUAGAUGCUGAUGGUGAUCACUGAUUAAAAUCCAAAUCCCUACACAGAACACACUGCAUAUAACGUAGGCUUAUGGAUGCUAUGUAAACCUAAACCUCUCUUUUGUAAUUUCCCUUCAGUUACAACCUUUCUGUCUUGGUGUAGGCUUCAAGGGGUAGAAAAUAAUUUGCUUCUCUCUGUUCUCAUUCAGUCUACUUAAAUCCAUUGCUCCUUUUUCAUGUAGUCAUGUGGGGCUGUCAUGACCCAUAGAUGGUAGAUCUGUCAUUCCUGUGACUCCAGGUGCAUCAUCCUCAUCGACUGUAAUGUGACCAGUGCCACCUGGAGUGUCAUGCAGUCCAGAGACAGCUGUGCCUCUUAUGCCACAGGUCUAGCUCCACCUGCUCUUCUUCCUUUAGUUCACAGCAUUCUCAACUAAAAAUGGCAGUGCUGUUGGGGACUAGAACCCCAGGUGCCCAUCCUUCCUGGGUAUGCUACCCUCUCUAGUUUAUUUAAUAGCAUUAUAUAAAUGGAAAUCAGGCAGGAUUCAGCAGGGCUAUGGUGACUGAGGACACAUGGUUAGUCCUUCAUUUAUAGUCUGUUCAUGGUUGUCACAGGUAUUGACAAUUGUGAGACAUACUCGACCCAAGGGACUGAGAAAAAUCUUCCCUAGGCUCUGAGACAUGGGGAGGACUUAACUAGGCCAAGGAUGGGAGGCAAGAAGGGCCAUCUAGAGAGAAAGUAGGAGCAGGGUUUGCUAGGUGGCAUGAUGACACAUUGCAGGCCCAAAAACAGAGCCAGGUGGAAGCGGCACAAGAAAAGAGGGAUAGAGGCUCAGGGUAAGACUGGGAAGGGAGGCAGGACUCAGAACAUGAAGACCUCUAAAGGCCACAUGGAAAAGACUUGGGCUUUAUCCUAAGAGUAAUAGAAAGUUACCUGAGGAUUAUGAGAGUCCAUGAUCAUGUUUAUAUUCUGAAAAGAUGAUUCUUGUUGCAUCCAGAAAGUGAAUGGGAUACAAACAAGGGGCAGACAGUGAGGUGGGCAAACUAUCAGAAGAAUUUGGUGUAACAGAAAGCAAGGAAAGGCAGUGUUUGGAAAAUCUGUGAAUGGUCAACUGUCUAAAGCUACUGAAUACUCAGAUGAAACAGGACUGGAAAAUUUCCACAGCAUCUAGGUACCUGGAGGUCAUCAGUGUCUACCAAGAGAGGAACUGGGACACGGGAAGGAAAAGAAUGAGCAGGAGGUGAGGAAAUGAAGACAAUGAAAAUGCAAAACUUCUUUCCAUUGCCUGUGAAGAGAAGGGAAGAGACAGGUGAUGGCUAGAGGAGGAUUUGGGACCACACGAGAUUAUUUUCUUUGUUUUAGUUGAGAGAGACACAUGGACAAAUUGCAAUGCUGACAGACAAUAUUUAAUCAGUUAAAAACUAUAGAAUAUACCAGAGAGAAAUAUAAUCAAUAUCUUUCUUUUCAAGAAAAGAGUGAAGGGAUUGGGUUGAAAGCACAGGAGAGGAGUUGAUGUAUUUGGUAAAGAGAAAAGGGAAGAUUGAAGAAUGUCCUUUCAUUUGGCUUUUAUUUUCUAUGUGAAGUAGCUGGGAGGCAGGAAGGUAGCAGAGUGUGAAGAGAAAGCAGAUGGGGGCCUUGAGGAAAGUGGGAAAAGUUUAAACUUAUUGAUUUGGGGAGUGGGCAAUAUUACUAGAGAAACACAGGCUGUCCAUGGAGUUUUAUAGUGCUAUUUGUAGUUAAUGGCAAGAAUUCUGUUAUAUCACUACCAGAUUGCCCCAUGAAGUGGUUGUCAUCACUAGUACUCAACCUGCUCUGAGGCAGGUACAGGAGGUGAAUGACUGAGUUUCUCCAAAAUAAGGACUUUGUAAGGAAGUCUGACAAGGACAUGGAGGAUGGGGGAGUCAGGAGCAUAGGCAGAAGUAUUAUGGAAAUGACUGACUAUUGACUAUUAUAUCUAAGAUGGAGAAAGAGUUAUGUUGACAUCAGAGAAGGCUAAUGAUCAGAAGAAAUGAGAGCAUUUAGCGAACUGAAAGCCCUGAUGAGAAGAAAGAGCAGUCGUGGUGAAAGUGGUCAGAUCACACACUGGAAGGACAAGAGAUGAGGCUCAGAGAACAUGGUGAUUGACUUUAUGAUUUUUGAGGUAAAGUCCCACUAUGGAAACCCUGGGCUGGGGCUACUAAGGUCUUUGAAAGGCUAGAGAAAAUGACUGGGAAGUAUUAGACAAAAGAGAGGAAGUAGGGAAGAACUUCAAUCAAAGACUUUUCAUGGAGGCUCAAGGUCUGGAAGAGUCAUUGGGAAGCUAGAAGGAACCAACUCUGCUUUCAGGUCCUGACGUAGGUGGAGUCUGAGAGUCUGCAUAGAUUCUCUUUGAGAAGUGUCAUCUCCAAAGAGAGCCAGGGGGAGAACUUCAAAUCAACAUGGUAUCUCUCUGGGUUCUUUGAGCUAGGGAUAAAGUAGGUCUUCCCAUUUCUGCACUCUCAUUUCCUUUAAAUUAAUAUAGUUUUCAGAGAGACAAAAACUAUAUACCGAUUUUUUUUUUUUAUCUAGGAUUCAUUAAUUUCAAAUUUGGCCACUAUUUUGUAACCAUAAAAAGAACUUGUGUUAACUUUCCCUGUAAAUUAUCCUGCCUAAAGAACCUCUUUUUAGUAUUUCUUUUAGUUUGGGUCUGCUAACAGAAAAUCUCUUGAGUUUUUGUUUAACACAUCUUUAUUUUUCACGGAUAUUUGUACCAGUUAUAGAACUCUUGGCUGAAAUUUUAUUUUCUUUCAACACUUUAAAAAUUCUGUUCUAUGGUCUACUGAUUUCCAUUGUUUCUGUUGAUAAAUCAGCUGUCAGCAUUAGCCUUGCUCCUUUGAAGGUAAUAUAUCUUUUAGCUUGUAACAUUUUAAAAAUUUGUCUUGCUUGGAACACUUUUGACUAUGAUGUGUCUGAAUGUGAUUCUGUUUGUAAUUAGAAGUUCUUACAUCUCUUGAAUAUGUGGCUUAUGAUUUUUUGUCAAUUUUGAAAAAGAAAGGAGCCAUUAUCUUAUCAAAAAUAUUGUUUCUGUAUAUUUCUCUUUGUUCACUCUCAGGGACUACAAUAUGUUAGAUCUUUUCACAAGGUCCUGUAUGUCUCUUAUCCUCUUCUUGGUUUUUUCCCAGUCUUUUUGCUCUCCACAUUUCUGUCUGAUAACUUCCAUUAACCUAUCAUUCUUUUUACUAAUCUUUUCUUCAGCUCUGACAGAUAUGUUGCUAACCACAUCUGUUAAGAAAAUUUAGUUAUUGUGCUUUUCAGUUGUAGAAUUUUCAUUUAAUUCUUUUUUAGAGAUUCCAGUUCUCUGGUGAAAUUUUCCACUUUGUCAUCUUUUUUCUUGGACAAAAUAAGCACACUUACUUUUAAGACGUAUGUCAGAUAACUCUAAUACCUGGGUUACUUAUGGGCCUAGUUCUAUUGUCCACAUGAGCUUGUUCUUUCUCUCUCUCUCUUUCUUAGUUGUAGUUGUUGGAAUGUCUGGUAAUUUCUUGAAUUUUGGGUAUUAUGUAUAAAAAACUACAGUCUCUGGAUGGUUUCUUUUUUUAGAGAGGUUUCACCAUAUCUUUUCUGGCAAGUAGCUAGACUGAGAGAUUACAUCCAUCCAGUCCAGUACUAAAGUUAUUGGAGAUCAGGUUGGAAUUUUUUAAAGUUUGGUCUGCCUCAUGUUUUUCUCUUCUUCUAGGGUAUAGCUUUCCAGAAGUUCAAGUGAGAGCAUUUGGUUACUGACUAGUAUUUCUCCCUCUUGGUGGGUCCUAAACUUGAGACUGCCAAAAAGUUGACUCCUCCUUAUAACUACACUCUUAUUUUUAUAGAGCUUAAGAAUUAGCAAGUCCCAUCAGGUAAAAAUCAAGUGCUGAGUGUGAAGCUUGGUUCUUUGUACCUUCUUCCUUCUCUCCAGGAUUCUGCUGCUCAAGCCCUGGUUGUCUUGGCAGCACUCAACUCCUUUUAAGAGCUUUCCUCAUUAUAUAUUGAAUUUCAUGUCAGGAAUGUAUGGGAGAACACCAUAUAAAAUACCAAAAAAUGAUAAAGUAUAUUUACUCAGGUAUCUCUGCUGACUGUCCGACUGGAGGGAAUAAUCUCGUGUAGUUAUGUUCUUUACUAUAAGCUUACAUAUGAAGAAGGUUCCUUCUUCCUCUUUGGAGGCAUCUUUAUCUAUGAAGCUGUACAUUUUCACCUAGGAACACUCCUAUCAUUGGUUUGAUGCCAUACAUAAAUAGUGUGCAACUAGUUUGCAAAUAGUUGUUCAAGAUGAAGGAGUGAACAUUGCUUUUUUGUUGUUGGCCUUUUUGCCCAAUAAGAGGUCAUUAUAAUAGUUAUGAUGAUAUUCACUAAAAUUUACUAAAGAUUUACUAUAGAGUAAGGUCCUGUGUUAGAAGCUUUAUAUAAACUGUAUCGUUUAAUUCUAAGAAGAACCUAAGAGGUGGUAAGGAUAAUUAUUCCCAUUUUACAUCUGAUUAAACUGAGGCUUAAAGAGAUUAAGACAGCUUAAACAGGGUCCCAAAGCCAGGAACUAAUGGCAUAAGCAAAUUUGGAAUCAGAUUUUUCUAACCACACGGCCUGUGCUCUUUUCUAGCACUUUUUCCUAUGUCUUGGCUUGCCCUCAUUCAACAUAACUAGCCUCACUAUACUGAGCCCUGGAAUCCUGAAAGACAUCCUUAAAUACAGUGAAAGCUAAGUAGUCCAAGAGGUUUACAUGCAAAUACUUCUCCUUUCUGAUAUACUUCUCUAAGGUAUUUCCAGAUUCUUCCCUCCUCCACCCAGCCUUACUUUGAUAUAUGUAUAGCAUUAAAUACUUCCAUUUAUGACUUCUAUGGCAAGUCUGAAAGUGAUUUUCUUUUUAAAAAAAUAAAGCUUUAUGCAGAGACAGGAAGCAGUUAGUGGUAGGGCUUUAUUUUUGGACGAUUAGACUGGCGGGAGGCGGGGUGUGGGGAGAAAUUGCUUUCUGCAGUGUCAGAUGAAUGAGUUAUAGGAAAUGAUAGCUCAGCCUGCAGCUUGGUGCUUGCUAGUGAGUCAGCAGUGAUUCCAUCCUCAGCCUUAAUGCUGGGAUCACACUAUUCCUGGUGAGGGCCCCUCCCUGCCCAUGCUGUCUGCCUACCUGAUGUGAGCCAGUUACCUCUCAUGGAGAACAACUAUAUUUUUGUUUUUAUGCAGAUAUUCCUACAUUUCUUUUGGAUUGAUUGGUGCUUCUGAUUGUUUUUCCUGAUACCCAGCAGAAAGAUUCAGUGACUUUCCAUCCAGAGUAUGCUGUUUGGGAUUGACGUUAUAGCAGAAGCUAAUUUUCAGGGCAACAUUUUGUACUAUUAUUAUAUUACUUCAUCUUUCUAGGGUUUUCAUAAAUGGUAGAACUCUAUGGAAAAGCAAAACAGGAAGACAUUGCUAGAAGUGGUAGACAGAAAGAGGCCCUCUUGUCAUGACAAUUGAAAACGUAUGCAGGUGGCAUAAUCAACAUGGUUGUUAGGUUAGGAUGGAUGGUAGAAGUAUGGGUGAUUUUUCUUUAUUUUGCAGGUUUCAUAAAUAGGCACAAGUUGCAAAAUUCAUUCUAAAAGUAGUCUUUUUAGUAUUUUAAAAUAACUAUCCAUUUUGUGGCAGAAAAAUGGGCCAAAUAGCCUUACUAUUUUAGGACAUCUUUUCCCCAGGCCCUGUUCAGACUCUUAGAGUCACUCUGGCCAUAUCCAGGAGCCUCCAGUAGGAAAUGGGUUAGGGGGACUAACUUUGCUCACAAUCCGCUAUGUGCCAGGUAUUUGGUUCCUUUUCACCCUGAGGAGACAGUGCUCUGUUCUAUUUUAUAGGUAAAGGAACUAAUGAGAUUGAAGAACCUUUCCCAGGUCAAUUAGCUAGUAAGUGGCCACACAUAAUGCAGACAGACUCCAAAGUUCAAACUCUUUCAACUUGAGUACAAAAUGAUGCUGCCACAGUUUCUACUCCACCAUGAUUUUUGUAAGGCAUUUUAAAUGUGUUACCUUACUGCUGGAUUAUCGUUCCUAAGGAAAAAAAUUAUUGCAGUGCUUUCUCCUUGCAAAACUAGGGUGCAAAAACUCACAUAUACUUGGCUUCUUUUGUAGUUGGAGACAUAGUGAGAGCAUUGCAUAGCAUGCAUGCGUGCACAUCUGUGUGUCUGACAUUAAGUCUAUGAAGAGGCACAGUGAAUGCCUGGUUUAGUGGUUGGACUAUUCUGGAAUUUGAAGUAAUUCUGAUGAUCUCCUUGAAACUUCUUAGGUAUAUGGGGCUUAGGGUAAAGCCAAAUUGUUUUGAUGUUCAGUACAGAAGCUGGUAGUGACAGUUUUGGUUGAGUAAAGGGUGGUACUCUUGCAAAGUGGAACACUUACUGCUUCACAAAAAUAUCCAUUCUGUUGGCCUAACAGGUCUCUAAUUUAUCUUUUUAAUAAGUUAAUGACAUUUAAAGAUCUUUUUAAAUUUUUACUGUUAUUAUUGUACAAUUAAUGCUAUAUUUUGACAGCUUUAUUGAGGUAUUAAUGUACGAUAAACUGCACAUAUGUAAUGUUCAAUUUAAUGAAAUUUAACACCUGUGAAACACUUCAAUAAAGAUGAUGACUAUAUUUUCUCCCCACCCCAAAUUUUUUUGUAAUGCUAUAUUUUUGAAAGGAAAAACCCAGUCAUUUAUUUUCUCCAUUUAAGAUGGUGAAAAGAACCUGAACAAAGACUCAUGUCUUGAGAGUCCAAACUCCAGUCUUGCCUUAACUAGCUAACAUGAAAUUCAGUGAGUCCCUUAAUUUUUCCAGCCCUUGGUUUUCUCAUCUGAAAAACGAGGGGGCUGGACUCAAUGGUCCCUAAGGCCUCCUACAGUGCUAAAGUUCAAUAAAGCUAAGAGGACAGGCAUACUUAGGGUAUUGGUUUGUGUCCAGAUGGUUUUAUGUAAAAAUGGAGACUUCCCUGGUGGCUGGUGUCAGCUGUGCUGCUUCAUCCCUGCCCUGCUUUGCUUGAUUGGUUAUCAUGAAAUCAUUUCAUUUAUUUCAGUGCCCUUUCACCCUGAUUCAAGGUCAUUCAUGUCACUGUUUCCAUGUUCCCUACUAAGCUUAGGGAACUACUCGACUUAAGAAUUUAUGUCUAAAGCUUGAAUCAUGCAGUGACAGGAUCAUCAGCUCUCUGGCUAAUUUUCGAGGCAGCCUGGACAUUUUGUGGGGGGACAGAGACAAGCUAUAUCGGAUGAGUUUCAGGACUGGGGGAAGGGAUGCAGAUUGGAGUUUAAUUAAAAUUCUAAUCCCAACUUUACCCGUCUUCUUGCCAAGUCAGCAGCCAGCAUUUCUGCUCAUGGUUCCGGUGGUGAUUCUCCUGUGAUGACAUACAGUUGUUAUUACCUCAGAAGUUCUUGCAAAUUUGCCUAGAACGUCAGUAUGCUCCCCAGAUGCGUGACUCGGGCCUGGCGUGCCGCCAUCUUUUUGCCCGUGUUUUCAGAGAUACCUGAUCCACCACUGCCAGCGUCGUUCCUGGUGGGAGGGGGGCUUGGGAGGGAGCUGAUGGCGAAAAUCGAGCUGAUGACAAAUGAGAAAACAGUUUCAUCACAGCACAGAGAGCGUUGCAAACUGCUUCUGUUUUCUAGGUAGCUCGGUGGGAUUUCUGAGGAGGGGCUUCUCUGACUUCCCCGUGGCCCACCAUGAGGGUCUCCCUGCUCUGCACCCACGUGCUGCUCCUGACGGUCUCCCGGCUGAGGGCAGUCAGCUUUCCUGAAGAUGACGAGCCCCUUAACACCGUGGACUAUCACUAUUCAAGGCAAUAUCCGGUUUUUAGAGGACGCCCUUCAGGCAAUGAAUCGCAGCACAGGCUGGACUUUCAGCUGAUGUUGAAAAUUCGAGACACACUUUAUAUUGCUGGCAGGGAUCAAGUUUAUACAGUAAACUUAAAUGAAAUUCCCAAAACAGAAGUAAUUCCAAGCAAGAAACUGACGUGGCGAUCAAGACAACAAGAUCGAGAAAACUGUGCUAUGAAAGGCAAACAUAAAGACGAAUGCCACAACUUUAUCAAAGUAUUUGUUCCAAGAAACGAUGAGAUGGUUUUUGUUUGUGGUACCAAUGCAUUCAAUCCCAUGUGUAGAUACUAUAGGUUGAAUACUUUAGAGUAUGAUGGGGAAGAAAUUAGUGGCCUGGCAAGAUGCCCAUUUGAUGCCAGACAAACCAAUGUUGCCCUCUUUGCUGAUGGGAAGCUGUAUUCUGCCACAGUGGCUGACUUCUUGGCCAGCGAUGCUGUUAUUUAUCGAAGCAUGGGUGAUGGAUCUGCACUCCGCACAAUAAAAUAUGAUUCCAAAUGGAUAAAAGAGCCACACUUUCUUCAUGCCAUAGAAUACGGAAACUAUGUCUAUUUCUUCUUUCGAGAAAUUGCUGUAGAGCAUAAUAAUUUGGGCAAGGCGGUCUAUUCCCGUGUGGCCCGCAUCUGUAAAAACGACAUGGGUGGCUCCCAGCGGGUCCUGGAGAAACACUGGACUUCCUUUCUGAAGGCUCGGCUUAACUGUUCUGUCCCCGGAGAUUCAUUUUUCUACUUUGAUGUUCUGCAGUCUAUCACAGACAUAAUUCAGAUCAAUGGCAUCCCCACUGUGGUCGGGGUGUUUACCACACAGCUCAACAGCAUCCCUGGAUCCGCCGUCUGUGCGUUUAGCAUGGAUGACAUUGAAAAAGUGUUCAAAGGACGGUUUAAGGAACAGAAAACUCCAGAUUCUGUUUGGACAGCGGUUCCCGAAGACAAAGUACCAAAGCCAAGGCCUGGCUGUUGUGCAAAACAUGACCUUGCUGAAGGUUAUAAAACCUCUAUCGAUUUCCCGGAUGAAACCCUGUCGUUCAUCAAAUCCCACCCCCUGAUGGACUCUGCUGUCCCACCCAUCGCCGACGAGCCCUGGUUCACAAAGACUCGGGUCAGGUACCGAUUGACGGCCAUCGCCGUGGACCGCUCUGCAGGGCCCUACCAGAACUACACGGUCAUCUUUGUUGGCUCCGAGGCUGGCGUGGUGCUUAAAGUUUUGGCAAAGACCAGUCCUUUCUCUUUGAACGACAGCGUAUUACUGGAAGAGAUUGAAGCUUACAACCAUGCAAAGUGCAAUGCUGAGAACGAGGAAGACAAAAAGGUCAUCUCGUUACAGCUGGAUAAAGAUCACCACGCUUUGUACGUGGCGUUCUCCGGCUGCGUCGUCCGCAUUCCCCUCAGUCGCUGCGAGCGAUAUGGAUCGUGUAAAAAGUCUUGUAUUGCAUCUCGUGACCCGUACUGUGGCUGGUUAAGCCAGGGAACCUGUGGUAGAGUGACUCCAGGGAUGCUAGCUGGCGGAUAUGAGCAAGACACAGAAUACGGCAACACGGCCCACCUAGGGGACUGCCACGAAAUUUUGCCUACUUCAACUACACCAGAUUACAAAAUAUUUGGCGGUCCAACAUCUGACAUGGAGGUAUCUUCAUCUUCUGUUACCACAAUGGCAAGUAUCCCAGAAAUUACACCUAAAGUGAUUGAUACCUGGAGACCUAAACUGACGAGCUCCCGGAAAUUUGUAGUUCAAGAUGACCCAAACACUUCUGAUUUUACUGAUCCUUUAUCAGGUAUCCCAAAGGGUGUCCGAUGGGAAGUCCAGUCUGGAGAGUCCAACCAGAUGGUCCACAUGAAUGUCCUCAUCACCUGUGUCUUUGCCGCUUUUGUUUUGGGGGCAUUCAUUGCGGGCGUGGCAGUAUACUGCUAUCGAGACAUGUUUGUUCGGAAAAAUAGAAAGAUCCACAAAGACGCGGAAUCUGCCCAGUCGUGCACAGACUCCAGUGGAAGUUUCGCCAAACUGAAUGGUCUCUUUGACAGCCCGGUCAAGGAAUACCAACAGAAUAUCGAUUCUCCUAAACUGUAUAGCAACCUGCUGACCAGUCGGAAAGAGCUGCCACCCAAUGGAGACACUAAAUCCAUGGUCAUGGACCACCGAGGCCAGCCCCCGGAGCUGGCCGCCCUUCCCACCCCUGAGUCGACACCUGUUCUUCACCAGAAGCCCCUGCAGGCCAUGAAGAGCCACUCGGACAAGGCCCACAGCCACGGCGCUGCAAGGAAAGAAACCCCUCAGUUUUUUCCCUCUAGUCCUCCACCUCAUUCCCCGCUAAGUCAUGGGCACAUCCCUAGUGCCAUUGUUCUUCCAAAUGCCACCCAUGACUAUAACACGUCCUUCUCAAACUCCAACGCUCACAAAGCCGAGAAGAAGCUUCAAAACAUCGACCACCCUUUUACGAAGUCAUCCAGCAAGAGAGAUCACCGGCGCUCCGUGGAUUCCAGAAAUACCCUCAAUGAUCUGCUGAAGCACCUCAACGACCCAAAUACUAACCCCAAAGCCAUCAUGGGAGACAUCCAAAUGGCCCACCAGAGCCUAAUGCUGGAUCCUGCGGGGCCUAUGUCUGAGGUCCCCCCUAAGGUCCCCAACCGGGAGGCAUCUCUGUACUCCCCACCUUCAACUCUCCCCAGAAAUAGCCCGACCAAGCGGGUGGAUGUCCCCACCACUCCGGGAGUCCCAAUGACUUCUCUGGAAAGACAACGGGGCUAUCACAAAAAUUCCUCCCAGAGGCACUCUAUAUCGGCCAUGCCUAAAAACUUAAACUCACCAAAUGGUGUUUUGUUAUCCAGACAGCCUAGUAUAAACCGUGGGGGGUACAUGCCCACCCCCACAGGGGCGAAGGUGGACUAUAUUCAGGGGACACCCGUGAGUGUUCAUAUGCAGCCUUCGCUCUCCAGACAGAGCAGCUACACCAGUAAUGGCACCCUUCCUAGGACGGGACUAAAGAGGACGCCGUCCUUAAAACCUGAUGUGCCACCAAAGCCUUCCUUUGUUCCUCAAACCCCGUCUGUCAGACCACUGAACAAAUACACGUACUAGGCCUCCAGUGUGCUGUUCUUGUGUGGCUUUAUCCCGUCCGUGGUGUCGAGAGAUGUUGUAAGGGUACCUUAAGACAAGAGACUCGCUUGUGUUUUGGGAGAAACCAAGUGGCCAAAGAAACUCUUUCUAACUUUGGCACCAUCAGAACUCGCCACAUGGUAGCGGCUGCAGCGAGGCUUCUGUGUACUUGCCUGAAAACAAAGGAAGGUGCUGGUCAUUCCAUUCAUUUUGUUUGAAGCUAAAUAGAUGUGUGGCUCCCAGGGGCUACCUUACCAGUGUAAAGAGCUGAUACAGUACUCAGAAGAAUCUGUGAACAAAUACUUGAAAAUGGGUUCAAUUAAGACUGCCAUUAUGUGUGGUCUUCCCAUUAAAUGUGAACAUUUUAAUAUGUAUGCAUUCACCUUGCCUCUUGCACAAAUGUCAAAAAAAAAAAAUGGUAAUGUCUCAAAGAAAUGAACUUGUAGAUUACCAGGCAGUUUGCUAAAAAUUCAAUCUUUGACCCAAACUGUAGCAUUAUUUUUUUCAUGUGUGGCAUUUUUUUCAUGCCACCAACAAACUGUGUUGCGAGCGUGUGUGGGUGUGUGUAUGUCUGUUUGUGUGUGUGUGUGUGUUCUGUACCCACUAAGAUUUAUUUAGGUGCCCAUUGCAUCUUUUUGUGCUAUGGAGUUGUUUACAUUGAGCAUGACUGAACAACUGAACAAGAGACAAUAACUUUUUCCCACAGCAGUCCAUUGGGUUCAGCUUUGGAAAAGGAAUAAAAUCAAGGCUCCUUUGACCAUCAGAAUGAUGAACUUGACUUAGUGGUACCCAAUGCCAGAAUGUAAGAGUUGCAAGUAAUUUUGUGCUGCUAUUCAUUAAAACUUCUAUUCCAGUCUUGCCAGCUUAAAGAGAUCGAGUUAUUAAGAGGUAUCUUUGAUUUAUCUACCAGUAUUCAGUAGUAAAAUUUACCUGUCCACUGUGAAUCAAAGCCCAAGUCAUUCUAUUUAAUGUUGGACACACUAAUAAGGUUUUAUUUUGAUUGUGCUUAAUUUUCCCCCCAUGUAGUAUAAUUUCUCCUCCUUUAUUCUUCCUACCCCCAAGGUAAAAAAACAAACAACAACAACAACAACAAAAAAAAAAAAAACAGAAGAUGAAAGACAUACGAAAGAAAUUGUAAUUGGCUUAACAGAAACAGUCUGUGAAAAUCUAACAGUGGUGCAAUCAUGUUGUCUAUGUUGUGUUACGUGAGAGUUUUCUCCUAAGUCAUGCAGGUAAUGACAAUAUACUGUAAAUACCACAUGUGAGUUUACCUGAAUCUGUGCAUUUUGUGCCUUAUUCAUGAGAAUGAUAGAAGUUAAAAUAUGUCAAGUGUUUUCAAUAUAGCACAUUAUUUACCGAGUGCCAGUUGUAAAUGUUUUUCAACCAGCACCUGAAAAGACUUUCAAAAAAAAAAAUCAUAAAAACAACCUAGAACGAUUAAUUUGUUAAACAAUCCACCCUAAUAGCAGCAUUACAUCCUUUGCCAUGAUAAACAUUCCACUCCUGCUUUCCUGAGGAUGAAACAGCGAUAAUGUGAACUCAGAUGAGGUUUCCUGGAUAAUGUGACACCCGUGGAAACCAUAUAGAGUCAUUUAUACCUAGUUUGGCAGAAACCACUUGCAGUUGAUGGUGUGCGACCCCAAUGACUAUUUCAGUUAAUACGCUGCACACCACACAAUUGUUUAUUGAACCUAAUCUAGAAAAUACCAAGACAGGAAUGCUCCUGACUUUAGUCAGGCAAGUAAGUUCAGCUGAUUUCUUGUGGUAAUACUGAUGGUAUCUAUUACUUGGGGGAGGACAGGUUGCAGAAGACCAGAUCACUUUUAUACAGAAUGUGGAAUACUGAUACAGUUAAUUCUUUUCCUUUUGAGAACAUUGUUUUGCAAAGAACAUGAUUUCCUGUGAUCUCUGGAAGCUCAAAAGCUAAAACUUCUGUUCUUGAAACACUUCAGCUCUUCAACUAAAAUAUUACAGAUUAAUAAUAAAUUAAACCAACCAAUGAUAAACACUACUCAGUCCACCGACAACAAACAUGUGUUUGAAUUCACCUUACCAAUAUUAAUCCCAGCGUGUGUAAAACGGAACAGUAACUCUAUGUGACCCCGAUAACAUUUUGUAACAUUGUGCUGCCUUGUAGUUCGUAAUGUGAGUUCUAUCAAUAUUUAUGUUGAAAUUUCUAACAUUAAAUCUAGUCUCUAUCCUGUUAAUUUAAUUUUUAAAUGCUUUAUCCAUUUGUGCAAAGGUAAACACAGAUUGUAUCUUUUUUAAUGGUACGGCAUAAAAAGUAACCCUAAAGUGAAGUGGCUCUAUACUGUUUUAUAGAGUACUUUAACAUGUAUAGAUAUCUUGUAAACUUGUAUUGUGGAUGUGUAAAUAAUAUGUACUUUGGGUUUUUAACACCGCAUGUAAAGUCAAAAUAAAAUAUACAAAUCA